ACUUCCGGCGGGAGGCGGAUGUGGAGAGGGAAGCGCGGGCCGGCAGGUGCGGCUGACAGGACAGUGGUCGCUGGAGAGAGGGGCGCAAGCCGGAGAGGCGAGGCAGGGCCCAGGCUCGGCUGCCGCCUCUCGGAGUUCCUCUCUACAGCAACGCCAACCUUCGUACCCGGAUGGCUCGAGGCGAGCGGUGGCGCCGCGCAGCGCCGGCCGAUGGAGCGCGGACAGCUCAAAGGGCGGCUCGGGGCGGCCCGGGCCGACGGGACGGCCGGGAUGGCCGGGGCGGCGGGGCCCGUGGCACGACUGGGGGAGUGGCUCUGGCCGUGGUGGUCCUGUCUUUGGCCCUGGGCCUGUCGGGGCGCUGGAUGCUGGCGUUGUACCGUGCGCGACGGGCGGUCACGCUGCACUCUGCACCCCCUGCGCUGCCCCCCGACUCCUCCAGCCCCGCUGUGACCCCGGACCUCUUUUGGGGAACCUACCGUCCUCACGUCUACUUCGGCAUGAAGACUCGCAGCUCGAAGCCCCUCCUCACCGGACUGAUGUGGGCGCAGCAGGGCACCACCCCAGGGACCCCUAAGCUCAGGCACACGUGUGAGCAGGGGGACGGCGUGGGUCCCUAUGGCUGGGAGUUCCACGAUGGUCUCUCCUUCGGGCGGCAACACAUCCAGGAUGGGGCCUUAAGGCUCACCACUGAGUUCGUCAAGAGGCCUGGGGGUCAGCACGGAGGGGACUGGAGCUGGAGAGUGACUAUAGAGCCUCAGGCCUCAGGUACCUCUGCUCUCCCUUUGGUCUCCCUGUUUUUCUAUGUGGUGACAGAUGGCAAAGAAGUCCUUUUACCAGAGGUUGGGACCAAGGGGCAGUUGAAGUUCAUCAGCGGGCACACCAGUGAACUUGGUGACUUUCGCUUUACACUUCUACCACCAACCGGUCCAGGGGAUACUGCUCCCAAACAUGGCAGCUACAAUGUCUUCUGGUCCUCCAACCCAGGACUGCCUCUGCUGACAGAGUUGGUAAAGAGUCACCUAAAUAGUUGGUUUCAGCAUCGGCCUCAAGGAGCCUCUGCUGAACGCUAUCUCGGCUUGCCAGGAUCUCUGAAGUGGGAGGACAGAGGCCCAAGUGGGCAAGGGCAAGUCUUGGUACAGCAGGUGACACUGAAAGUCCCCUUUUCUGUGGAGUUUGUAUUUGAAUCAGGCAGUGCCCAGGCAGAAAGAAACCAAGCCCUAAAGCAGCUGGCAGGCAGCCUACUAACCCAGGCCCUGGAGAGCCAUGUUAAAGCCUUUAGAGAACGCUUUGAGAAGACCUUCAAGCUGAAGGAGAAGGGCCUGACCCCUGGGGAGCAGGCUUUGGGUCAGGCUGCCCUCAGUGGCCUCCUUGGUGGGAUCGGCUAUUUCUAUGGACAGGGUCUGGUAUUGCCAGACAUGGGGGUAGAAGGGUCUGAGCAGAAAAUGGACCCAGCCCUCUUUCCACCAGUCCCUCUUUUUACAGCUGUGCCCUCCCGGUCAUUUUUCCCCCGAGGCUUCCUUUGGGAUGAGGGCUUUCAUCAGUUGCUGAUUCAGCGGUGGGAUCCUGGCCUCACCCGGGAAGCCCUAGGCCAUUGGCUGGGGCUGCUCAAUGCUGAUGGCUGGAUUGGGCGGGAGCAAAUACUGGGUGAUGAGGCCCGAGCCCGGGUGCCUCCAGAAUUCUUGGUGCAGCAGGCUGCCCAUGCAAAUCCCCCAACCCUGCUUUUGCCUGUGGCCCACAUGUUAGAGGGUGGUGACCCUGCUGACUUGGCCUUCCUUCAAAAGGCCUUCCCUCGCCUGCAUGCCUGGUUCUCCUGGCUUCAUCAGAGCCAGGGAGGGCCACUUCCACUAUCUUACCGCUGGCGGGGCCGGGACCCAGCCUUGCCAACUCUACUGAACCCCAAGACACUACCCUCGGGACUGGAUGACUACCCCCGGGCUUCACAUCCUUCAGCCACUGAGCGGCACCUGGACCUGCGAUGCUGGAUGGCACUAGGUGCCCGUCUGCUAACAAGGCUGGCAGAGCAUCUGGGGGAGGCAGAGGUGGCUGCUGAGCUGGGCCCACUGGCUGCCUCACUGGAAGCAGAAGAGAGUCUGGAUGAACUACACUGGGCCUCAGAGCUAGGGUUCUUUGCAGACUUUGGGAACCACACCAAAGCAGUACAACUAAAGCCUAAACCCCCUCAGGGUCUGGUUCGGGUGGUGGGCAGGCCCCCCCCUCGUUUGCAACAUGUGGAUGCUCUGGGCUAUGUUAGUCUUUUUCCCUUCCUACUGCGGCUGCUGGACCCCAAUUCAUCCCAUCUUGGGCCCCUGCUGGACAUUCUAGCUGACAGCCGCCAUCUCUGGAGCCCCUUUGGCUUACGCUCCCUUGCAGCCUCAAGCCCCUUUUAUGGUCAGCAUAAUUCAGAACAUGAUCCUCCCUAUUGGCGAGGUGCUGUGUGGCUCAAUAUCAACUACCUGGCCCUGGGAGCAUUGCACCACUAUGGGCACCUUGAGGGGCCCCACCAGGCCCGGGCUGCCAAACUCCAUAGUGAGCUCCGUGCUAAUGUGGUAGGCAAUGUAUGGCAGCAGUACCAGGCUACAGGUUUCCUGUGGGAACAGUACAGUGACCGGGAUGGGCGGGGCAUGGGCUGCCGCCCUUUCCAGGGUUGGACUAGCCUUGUCUUAUUGGCCAUGGCUGAAGACUACUGAGGCAGGGAAGAGAGGGAAUCCAGGCCAUUCUUGCUACUCUGGAUCUUGAGGAACAAAGUCUCUGGCUUCUGCCCUCAGUCCCUAAGAUACUAAUAAUUCAAACCUUCAUUUCAUCUCAGGUGUCUCCUUACAGUCAGCCCACACAGCCCCAGGAUGAAUGUAAAUUCAGAAUCUAUUUUUCUAAAUAAAAUGGAAAAAAACACCAAA